GUAGAUCUGGAGAAGGUAGUGGGGACCCAUCAUGUCACGAUUUACUACAGAUUCGAGGAAAACUGGGAUAUACACUAUAGUGGAAGAUUUGCAGGAUUUUUCCUCUACAUAUCUGACGACACGGCAUCACGGCAAGCUCUGUUAUCACGAGAUACAGAACAGACCAGGAACCCCCAGCCAUAUCAUCAUACUGGAAUGUAGCAUGUGGGGGAGAUAUGUUAUCAUUUACAAUGAAAGAAAUCCUGAACUCACGUAUCCGCAAUUUUAUUCAAACAUCGCCAUCUUAGAACUCUGUGAGGUUGAAGUAUACGGCUGUCCGAACACUAUGCAGAGUGAAGGAGAGUGUCUGAAUUGUCCCUCCACUUGUGAGGACGGAGUCUGCAACGCAACGACGGGGAUGUGUUUCACUUGUCCGUCUGGGUUCACUGGUGAUUACUGCAACGAAACUUGUGGACUUGGUACUCACGGACAUCGAUGUUCUGGUUUUGCAGAGACGGAGAACCAUGUGAUCAUAUGACAGGCUAUUGUUUAAAUGGAUGCGCUUAUGGAAUGCGUGGAGAUUAAUGUACAGACGUCUGUCAACCUGGAACGUACGGACAAAAUUGUACACAGGAGUGAGGGAUUUUCUGUAAAAGAUCACGUGUUUGUCAUCACGUGACAGGAAAAUGUCAGAAUGGACGUAAACAAGGCUUCAGUGGAGAUACAUACG